AUGAAUGGGGUAGGCAUUUUAGUAGAUAAUGAGCUAAGGGACAAGGUGGUAGAGGUUAGGAGGGUAAAUGACCGGAUGAUGGCGAUUAAGUUAGUCGUAGGAGGGUCUACUUUGAACAUUAUUAGUGCUUACGCGCCACAGGCAGGCUUGGACGAGGAGGAGAACAGGCACUUUUGGGAGGAUUUGGAUGAAGUGGUAAGAGGUAUACCACCCACCGAGAAGUUAUUCAUUGGAGGAUAUUUCAAUGGACACAUUGGGUCAUCUACCGGAGGCUAUAACGAUGAGCAUGGAGGUUUUGGCUUCGGGGACAGGAACAGAGGAGGGAUCUUACUCUUGGAAUUUGUAAAAGCUUUUGGAUUGGUGGUAGCCAACUCAAGUUUUCCAAAGAGGAAGCAGCACUUGAUAACCUUCCAUAGUUCGACGGCUGUGACGCAAAUAAACUUUUUGCUCCUUAGAAAAGAUGAUAAAGGUCAUUGUAAAGACUGCAAGUUCAUUUUGAGUGAGAACCUUACAACCCAGCAUAAGCUCUUAGUGAUGGGUUUAGAGAUUAAGAGGGAGAAGAAAAAGAGGGGCGUGGAUGACCGCCCGAGGAUCAGGUAG